CAUGAAGUCUUCUCCUCUGUGUACAUAAAUAACAGAUGCACACCCACGCGGCGCAAUCAUGUUUCGUGUUCAUCUCCCUUCGUCUUCUUGGAUUCACGUGGGCAACCUUGUCCUGUUCCUGUUUUCUUACUGUGGUCUUUAAAGUUCCUCUCUCCUCGUGGAAGAAGACUGUCUCUCUCUCUUGCGGUGCUUGUUCCGAUUCGUGUUUCCCUCAAGUGGGUGUGGAUAGAUACUCCCGUAGCAGCACAAAGAUGGCACUGCAAGCUGUGGUCUUCCAGCAAGACCUCUUCGGUUGCAACAUGAGGGAGAUGCACAUCAAGGGAGGGGAGAUUCUAGGAGUGCUGUCACAAUGUGAUGUGAGCGGUGCUCAAGGUGGCAGGAAUCUGUCGUUGCCGGAGAUGGGAACUGAUUCAGCCUCGGUCGUCGGCACGGGGACUGCGGCAGGUCGGAGGAAGAGGCGGCGCACGAGGAGUUGCAAGAACCAGGAGGAGGUGGAGAACCAGAGGAUGACUCACAUUGCGGUGGAGCGGAACCGUCGAAAGCAGAUGAAUCAGUACCUUGCUGUGCUCCGGUCACUCAUCCCGGCUUCCUACCUCCACAGGGGUGAUCAAGCAUCGGUGAUCGGAGGCGCCAUAAAUUUUGUGAAAGAGCUCGAACAACUAGUCCAGUCUCUCGAAGCUCGCAAGAGAAUCAAGCAGCGAUCCAAUUCCGCUCCCUUCGCCAAUUUCUUCACCUUCCCUCAGUACUCGACGAGGAACGCCGAUGAAGCUGCGGCGGAGCAGCAGUCGCCUGUAGCAGACAUAGAGGUGACCAUGGUGGAGAGCCAUGCCAACCUCAAGGUCCUCGCACAGCGGCGGCCCAAGCAGUUGCUGAAGAUGGUGGUGGGACUUCACCUCCUCCAUCUGACGACGCUUCACCUCAACGUCACCACCAUUGAUGCAAUGGUCCUCUACUCUUUCAGUCUGAAGGUGGAAGAUGAAUGCCACUUCACAUGUGUCGAUGAGAUUGCAGCAAAAGUCCACCAAAUGGUUGGGAAGAUCCAAGAGGAGGCUGCCUCUGACAGUGCUAUGUGUUUGUGUUCUAACCACAACAUCAUGUAGGAUUCUAAUCCCUUGUGUUUGUUCAUACCUCUGUUUGAGUGCUCAAACAAGAGGCUUGACUAUGUCUCAUCAAGAGCUUGGUGGAGGCUGCAAAAUGUGAGCUUUAUCUGUACUCAAAAUCUAUGGUAAGGACCCUUUUCCAAAUGGCCCUGUAGCUGAUGUAAGAGUUCACUAAAAGUAAGAGCAAAAUGAACAGGAAAUGAAAGUGUGUAUAGCCCAAGGAGGAAGCA